GGAGAGCAAGGUCGGAGUCGAUGGAGCAUCGGGAGAGGGUGCGCGCGCUGCGUGAUGGUAAAGAGCGCGCAAAUGGGUGGAGUCACGGACACGGCUGGAUGAGGAAGAUACGAUCGACAUGUUCAAACUUGACCUUGGACUAGUGCCUUCGACGAACCGACCCAAGCGAAGGAAAACGCGGGCAGACAGUCACGCGUUCUCCCCCCGCGCGAUCUUCCGACCAUCGCCGUCUCCUCCUAGCGACCGCGCAUCUCCGACGCGGAUCCGCGCGACCGCGGCAUCAUCGCGACCUCAUCGCCGCGCGCCCGUUUGCGUUCCUUCUUAUGGCAUGGAUCGACUCCGUCCUCGCGUCCUUUCUGCACAACGUCUUCCUUCCUUUGAUCGUGCUCAGCGUCUGCCUCAGGUACGCGCUCCAGCGCGACUACACCACGCGACGCCUCAAGUUCCAAGCGUGGCUCUCCAACUACAUGUCGUACCGGGAGACCGGGGCCAUGCUCGAGGCUAAGGAGAUCCUCUUCGGCAAACUCGAGUCCAUCGUCUCGCGCGAUUGGUACCUGCGCAACCUGGGGCUCAUCCGGAUCCUCGAGAUCGGCGCGGGCUCCGGUUCGAAUCUCGCUUUCUACCCGCGGAACUGCCACCUCGUUGCCGUGGACAGCAACCCGUUCACGGCCUCUUAUCUGCGCCGAAAGUUGACGCGCGUUCCAGUGCUCCUCGAGAUGUUUUUGGUGCAGAACGGCGGCUCGCUGAACAAUGUCAAGAGCUGCUACGUGGACGCUGUUGUCACCACGCACGUGCUAUGCGGCGUGAAGGACUUGGACGCGAUCCUCAAGGAGAUUGCUCGCGUGUUGGCGCCGGGCGGGAAAUUCUUUUAUGUGGAACACAUGCGGCACGAUCCCAGUGACUGGCGUCACUACGUGCAGAUGCUCGUCAACCCACUCUGGCGGAGGCUCUUCAACGGCUGCAGCCUGACGCAGGAGUUGCACGACAGCAUCCAAAAGUCGGCACACUUUGCCUCCGUAUCACAGUGCAAGGUCUAUUCAGCACGGAGCAAGUUUGUCGGCAUUUUCCUCAACCCCGUUCUAGUGGGUAUUGCAACCAAGAGAGACUUUGUGCGAAGGAGGCCGAUGAAGUUGAGCAAUGCCUUUCUGACUACACGGGCAAUGUAGAGCAGUGGGCGAUGUUUCGCGUAAUAUGGACUACUGACGUGACAUUUGCGACUUUUCAUUUUUGUGCACUAAAUGGCAGCCCCGUACCUCGAAACCCAAGAAAAAAAAUACUGGCUUGCCUCAGACUGUCCUAAAAAAAUUUACUGUAAUAGCUUUCUAGAAACAGUUUCCAUUUAAUUUUCCAGUAGGUGUAUCUAUUAUGACACAGAAGCUGGUCACUUGUGAACAGGAGAUUGCGAUGCUUUGGCUCUAGCCCCGGCUUGCUGUGUUGUCUGCUGGAUGUAGCAGCAUAGCAGACGACAGAGCGAGCCAUAGCGAGCGCCAGAACGUUGCGUUGUCCUGCUCCCACGUGAACCAGCUUCUGUGUCAUGAUACAUACACCUACUUGAAAAUGAAACCUGGACUGUAUUGUAGAAAGCUAUAAUAGUAAAUCAUUAUUUAGGGCGGUCUGAGGCACACCAGUAUUUUCUUUCUUCUGUUUCGAGGUCCGGGAAUAUAAUUUAUUGCACAAAAAUGAACAGUUCCAAAACGCCAUGACAGUGCUUAUUUGACAGACGUAAACCUUCAAGCUAUUCGUGAUUAUGAACCCUCUCCUGAAAACUUUGGCGGUGAAGGCCUGCAAUUUCUAUGGGUGAAAUUCCUCUACAUGGAAAUUUGCCGGUAUUACUGUGGGAAUCGGUUUACUGAGACGGCAAUCACUUUCACUGAUUGCUAUCUCCUGCAAAGGAAGUGGACAGAUGAUAGCCUGGCUGUGUGCUUACAUACACGUACCUCAUCAUUUGUAAAUGUUCCAAAAAAGGCAGCUGCUUCGUGUUGCAGCAGUCUCGCUUCUCAGGCACAGAUAGUCGGCGGUAUUACACAUGGCAGUGUGUUAGCUGCCAUGGCAAUAUUAAACACAUGGCUAUACCAUGUAUUAUUCAGGGCAUCAACAGUGAGGGCCCUCUGGUGGCCGUGAACUGUAAACAAGGGUUGUUUCAUUCCACAGGAAUUAGUCAUUAUGAUAUAUAGAUAUAUAUUUUUCAAAUCAGAGCUAAUCAACCGGCAAUGAAUCUGAAAGCCCCUAGAAAUUGAUUUUACUCUGCUAGUCACUUGUCAACCAGUGAGCGGUACUGCCUUCUUGCUGACAGAAGACUUGUUCUAAAUAGCAUUCAAUGGGUUCAAUGUAUGGUAGCCUGUGGAAAUAGUCUAAAUUUGGAAUUAUCUUUCACAUGGAAAGAAGAAGUGAAUAAAUUAAUGGAUGUACUAGAGAGUUCCAGUGGUAAGUGUAAUGACCAGUGUAAUGAACUUGUGGCUUUGCAUUGCCGUGACAGCAGUGAAACUACGUUCAAACACGCACCAAUGAUAGAAUGGGAGGAUGGCCCAUGUGCAGGUGGCCUCAUCUGAUGUAAAAUUUGCAAGGUCAUGUUCUAAGCUAAGUUGGAGCUCAAUUUGGUUUCCAUUUGUGGCUUUAACAUGAUAUCGUCCUGCUGCUUGAUUCUGCUAAGAAUAUUUACUAUUUUCUCAGCCAUACUGCUUGUCGUAGCUUUCAUUGAAGCCAGCACAUGGGAGAUUUCAUGAAUUUGUAGCCGAGCUCUUCUUGCAGGCUGUACAUAAGCCGACAUGCCUGCCGUGCUUUAUUUGCUUCGGUUAGCUCGGAACAGUAUUUUGUUUAUCACUUCGACUGCUGAGUUUCUGAAAUUUGGAAGCACUUCAUUAUGAAGCAUAUCUAACGCUGCUGAGCCCUGCUGUUCAGGCCAUAGAUGAAAAAAAAAAAAAAAAAAACAGGAUACUUUGCAUGCCUCUCUGGCAUAUAGACACAUGCCUAAUAUUGGUGCUGUGGGCCUUUCUUAGUCAAUACAGUCACAGCUGCUGACUUUCUAGACUAGCAUUCUCGGAACAUUGCUGUUUUCUCAGAAUUUCAUAGUGCUGAGCAUCCAAUAACGAGUUCAAAUUUUCUGCCAUCGAUGAUGAAUUUGUGCAUUGGCAAGCUGCGAUUUCAUUGUGCUCUGAGUUACGCUGGGGUUUGUCGUAAAAGUUCGAGACACGGGACACUGUGCGAAGUAAAACUUAGGUCACAUUGUCAUGACUAAACUGUGAAAACAGCCAGAAGCUGGUGUGGAAAUGGCGCUUUGACAGCAAGCUGUCUUCUGUUCUUCACCUCUGUAACCCCUGUUCUUGUUCGAGUCGCUGCUGUCAUCGUAGCCUGGCAUAUGGACACGGCAAAAUGCGCGUGUGUGGAGAAUGACCUAGCCGAGCGAGUGAUCUCACUGAUACUCAUACAUUUUUUUAUACUUACCAAAGCAUAAUUCUACACUUGUACCUGUCAAACAGAGCUGGCAUUUGCUACAUUUGUAGUGAAGAAGACAAAGAUGUGAGCAGUGCUGUGGGCACUGGUGCGAGACUCGAGCUCACGCUAGGGCUGUUGGUUAUAAGCCUGUAUGGCCUCCCUGUCAAAAAAAGCAAUUGACUUCAAUUGGGAAAUUUCCAAUUGGUACCAAUUGGAAAAUUUCCAAUCAUAAAUUAGUACAUAACUGGACCAAUUGAACGAACUGGAACAUGCCCAAUUGGUUUUUGUUGGAGUGACCAAUUGUACCCAAUGGGUGCCAAUUGGUUUAAAUCAAUUGGUUGGAAUGACCAAUUGCACCAAUGGGCAAUACAAAUACACAUACAUACCCCACAAAGCAAACUUAAAUAGGAUUCCAGCUGUCAGAAACAAGUUUGCUAUAGGCUUGCAUAUAUAGCUAUAACUCAAUUCAGUUUCCUUGAAUGGGUUCAUAAACUGAAAGUAUGAUUUCCCAGUUGGUUACGUUCAAGCUAGUUUAUUCCUAUUGAUAGUUCAAUUAGACUCAGUUGGGUAUGUAAGGUGGGCCUAGCUGGUUCAAACUGGCAAGUACAAUUGAACUCAAUUGGUUGCAUCUCUGACUCAAUUGUAAUGGAGGUAAGGAUUUCUCAAUGGGUCCAGUAGAUUCCAAUUGGCAAGUCCAAUCAGACUCAAUUGGUUUCACUUUGACUCAAUCGUAACCAGUUGGAACUCGGGAAUUUCCAAUCGGUUCCAAUUGGGUCCAGUUCAUUUCAAUUGGCAACUCCAAUUGGUUUCCCCUCUGAUCCAAUCGUAACUGGUUGGAAGUAAGGAUUUUCCAAUUGGUUCCUAUUGGUCCCAGUUGAUUCCUAUUGGAAAAGCUAAUUGGAGUCAAUUGCUUUUUUUUUUUUUGACUGGGCUGCACCUCCACCAAAUGUAAAGGGCAGAUUUAAUAAUACAUCCGUGAGCAAUUUACUAGGCUCAGAACCAACUGUCCUAUUCCGAGCUCGAGCCUUGCGCCAGUGGGAUGGCAGUGCCCACGGCGCUGCUUGCAUCUUCGUCUUCUUCACUACACAUUGAUAAUCGUACAAUGACAGACUCGCAGAUUUUCUUAAAACAUGUUACUGCUCUGCGAAGAAGCAUGGAGGAAGUUACUGGAGUUCAGGGGGAAGAGGCUGCAGCAGGGGCCUGCUGGCACUGGUUAUGACAGCACCUUGCCACUGUCUCUGUCUGCAUUGAGCUCUAUUUAAACAGAAAUUUUAAAUAUUGUUAUCUGAAAAUUUCAGAUUGCUUUCUGAUAAAUGUGAUGUGCACCUCUGUAGUUGGUUUUAUUUGUGUCUUGCCAUAAGGGGGUGCCAUAUUUACUGGAUUCUAACCCGCAAUAUCGCUGAAAAAAACUUGCUAAAAUAUGACAUGCCCAUUACAUUCUAGUACAAAACAAAAACGUCAGUAGCGACAAGCAACCGUCAUUUGCGGUAAGAAUAUCUGCAAUCCGAUCCACAUGUUACUGCAGCUGCAGAACCUGUGUAUUUUUAUUAGGCUAUAGUACUAUGUACUAGACACCAUAGUAAUGCUGUGAGGGGUUUACGAAAUGUGGCAUCUUAAAUGCUGCAGUCGGCACUGAGAUUGAGGUGUCCUGGUCUGAUUAGGAGGCCUCUGACAGUGGUGAUGAGCAAUGCCCGGUCUGCUGUAGCUCGGAUACAAUAAGUGUCCCUCUUUCAAGUGGGAACAUAUCAUUCUCACUUUCUCUUACUAUGAAAAAUUGGUGAGUGAACAGUCAAGGGCGUUGCAUUCAUUAUUUCUUGAAGUAUGAAAACCACGGGUGCUUGGUAAAAUUAAGGGCAUUGCAUUUUUCACAUCUGGCCGUUAGGAUCAAAUGCAUGUUACCAUCGACGGUGCGUUACAAUCAAGUAAAUAUGGUAUUCUCAUUCGAGUGGCACCAAAUUCUUGUUUUUUGUCAAAAUAGCCUGCCUACAUGCCCUAGUAGCUCAAUAUAUUGUGGUGAAGUAGACAGUGCACUUUUCCUUUAGCUUUUGUAUACGUCAUUUAGCUGGCUCUUUUAGAUAAGAACCUACAGUCUAGCCAGAAUUUUUUAUCUGGACUGCAUUUGAAUUCCCAUAUCACACAAUUCACACUUUAACUGUGCCUAAACUUUACUGUAAUUGCAUUCACACUGCACUGAACUUGCAUUUCUCUUUGAAGCUUCAUUGCGAGAACAACUGACGUAUGAUCACGUUGAGCACUUUAUGCUCCAAUGUGAUAUCCCUGCUUUGUGGUCAGUAGUGAGUGGUCGAUUUAUCAAACUUGUGGUCGACUGAUCGCUUUCAGCUGAUGUGGUGAUAGAAGCUUGUGAUGUGUGCACCCUAGUGUGACAUUGUUGUCAACGUGACAGAGAUGCGCAGAAGUAGGUUGAACAACACAGUGGUCAAACAAGGGAUGUCUGUGGAGCCAAUCCUAGGCAAGGGGAUCAUUAUUAUCAGCAUGAGACUUAAACACGUUCAAUUUAGUCUGAUAUAUUUUUGCUAAGGCAAUGUAACGACAUGUUGUUUUAGCACGACGUUCUGAACUCGCUGUCAGUGGGAGAUAGGGGCACCAUGACAUUGAGAAACGUCCAUCGCUGCAGCAAAGCUUUGCGCAGGAUGUUGCACUGUAUGAAAGUGAAGGCAUCCCUAUAAGCGAGCAUAAUUGAAAACACAGCCUUACACUGAGCACACAAGCUUACAGUGAAAGAUGUCAUGGGCGCAGUAAUAAGAAUUAGGCUCUGUAUGAUGGUUUGUUAUGCUAAAGCUUAUGGCGCGGGAAAAGACGAGGACACAGAAAGACAUGGGUACACACAGAUGCUGUUAGUUGUACACAUGCUAGUUGUACAACUGAUGAUGCGCCAUUUCGUUUUAGGAUGUUCGGCGUCAUUCUGAAGCUCAAGCGUGGUAAAUUGCAUAGUAUAGAUUCCCUUGAAGAGUAAGUCUACUAAGAGGGAAAUCUGAAGAAAUCAGGGAAAUUUGAGUUUGCUUCCCACAGAUUUCGUGUGCUUCUGCUAGCAUGAACCAAGGUGGGCACAGAUUUGCAAGGUCCUAUCAUAUUUAUAUACCGUUGACUUCCGUUAAUUCGACCGUGACGGGACAGAUGAAAUUGAUCGAAUUAUUCGGUGGGUCGAAAUAAGCAAAAUGCCGAAAAAAAAAAUGCCAGAACACACUACUGAUUCAUUUGGCAGAUUUGUACGAUAGUAACAUGCCCCGAAUCAAACGCACGGCCACUUUGCAUGGCUCCAAAGUGAAAGGCUAAUGUAGAAAUUACAUAAAAGCUCCUAAACAAAGUAGAAAUCUAAUGCGCACCCUAUUUUUUUAGCACGAAAAAUGAGCAAGGGUCAAAUAUGUGUUGCACAGUGGCGGCUGGUUUCCUAAAGUCGGUUUUGCUGCACAAUUUCGUUUUGUAAGGUCAGCUUCGCCGCAAUGCAGUCGUGCCAUGCCGUAAAGCAUACGAAUGGUGCGAACGCCGUUCUGAUAUUGGCAUUGCCGUUUGUUGGGCGUGUUGGUAAAUGGAUUCGGAUAGAAUGUUUAGCGCCAGCGGACAAGGACAGAAAGGGAGACGGCACCACAAUGCGCUAACUUCAGCAACCUUAUUUUCAAAAAACACCCACCAGAUUUUGUAUCUGAUUGGUACCGUACAGGCAAUUUUUGGCCCAUUAUUCUUGGGGGGGAAAAAAUGUGUGCAUAAGAAUAGGGCAAGUAUCAUGAUAGGACAUUGUGAGCUACCAUUAUGGCUUGAAAAUCUCUUUCUAGGGCAGGCCUAAAAUAGGCGUUUUUGACUAUAAAUGACAUGUGGUCAACGCAUUCACUGUCUCCUAAGCUCCGUUGAUACACACUGCCACUCAAGGCAUCCCUGUUGGCGCCCACCAUGGAGUCAUUCACACAUGUGCUCACUGAUCAAGUUUUAAUUAUCUAGCAAAGGCCAAUUUUAGGAUUGAAGUAACGAAAUUUUGAGCCCAUCGAAAUGCAUGAGCACUAUAGCUGGGAUAUUUGGUGAUGAUCGAAUUUACUGGAGUCUAUUUAACGGAAGUCUGCUCUAUAUGUAAUACCCUAGUUACACAGACAUGUUAACCACAGUUAAGCUGAACCUCAUGCACUGCUAGGGUUGCCAUCUGCUCACUUUUAGACCAUUACAGCCGGUAAUUCGCAGGUAUGUGUUGCUUUCUUCCCAGUCCUUCGUCGAUCAAUUCAGUAGAAUUCACUUUUUUGCAUCAGAAGUGGCUGUUCUACCUAUGGUCUACAACAGCUAUGCUUGGUUACAUAAAAGACCUAGCUGUAAUAAUUCUGUCAACCAUGGUAGCAACGUAUAAAGGUGCAUUUAGGUUUUUAUUGUGACAAAACACAACUGCGGGUAGGCUGCGACUAUGCUGUUCAGUGACCAUGCCUUGACCAGCAGUCACUGUGCUGGUCAAGGGAAGUCUACCGCAUUCUUGAACUGGCAGCUACAAAUACUGCGGGUUGUGAGCAGUAUUUAUUAUGAUGAAUGUAGCCUUUCUUUUGCGACAUUAUUCAACUUAUAUUGAAGCCAGUGACAAAAUUUUCACUGGCACUUUGUGUUUUGCCUUCUUGGACGCAUCUAAUCUUGCUGUGUGACAAUGUUAGCAGUAACAAAACCAUCUUGUCUUUUUAAAUAAUUACCACUCAUGUACAAGUGCAUUCAAGUACGUACAAGUGCAUGUAUUCAUGUAAAGCUAAGCAUUGAUUUAGGCAUGCUAAGUUUCUCCAGCAGCAGUCAGCAUUAUUGAAGCUGCCGUCUCUGUACUUAUGUCACUUACUGCAUUUGCUCUCAGACAGUGUGUCUUUUCAGCACCAAAUGAAGUGUGCAGAGAAGCAAUUUCUUGCAUCUGUUUUUAGGAGUCCACGCCUGCAACAUAGUGCGCAUUGUGAAGCGUUUCAAACCUGCUUUGCUACAUUUGGAUUCUGAAGUUCAGCAUUCACGUGAGAGUGCUUUUGAAUAGAAGCGUCGGUUUCUUAUCACAAACUGCAUUGAAGCCUUUUAAAUGCCCAAAUUUACCAUGCCAGGAAUUAUUUAGCCUGCACUUGUUAGUGAGGUUUAGAUCACAAUGGUAGAAUAACUUUGGGAUGCAUUUAUAUUGGAAAGUUAAUUCACCAGCUUUCCAUGUAACGUGGAUUUCGAUGAGCCUAGCCAUGGGGCUGCUAUUUGCAUUUAUACAUCGUGGGAUUUCAUUUGUUCAGCUUUACACAUGCACUUUCUGUGUGUGCACGCUCGUCUUGCAAUUUAUUUUACUUAGCCCCCUUUUUUUAACGACUUCUCUACGGCACAGGACACCUGCAUCUCUUUGAGAAAUUUGCGUGGCAUGUCAGCUCCUGUUAUGAAGUGCAUGUUGAGUGCCUUAAUUAGCAUUGUGGGCAAAUUAUUAUUACAGUGAGAGGGAAGCAAGCACUUCACUACUUCAUAUCAGUUCUGGGAUGCAGGUCAGAUGAAAAUCACACCUUACCUUGGCUUUUGAAAUUCAGUGUUGUGAGAUGCGCUUCGGCUGUAAUCUUGCACGUUUCUCAUUAUUUGCAGUUUACCUUCUUGAGGCCACUUCCGGCUGUGUUUUGAUACAGCCGGUCUGUAGGUAGAAUGAACGAUGACACUGCCACGUGUGUUUGCCUCGGCCGAGGCAUGCAUUGUGUGUUGUUGCACAGCAUGUCUCACGCAUUCCACCUUGCAUCUUAUGCGCAAGCUUUUGAUUCUCAAGGACUUUUGUAUACCGCACUACGAGUAGAUUGUGAAACCGAGAUCUACCAGGGGCAAAUUUAAUGUUACAGCAUUGGGCCUUGCAGCUCUGCUGAAGAGUGCAGAGGUAUUAACUAACUGAGCUUUAAAGUUGUAUUGUCAUUGACCGAUGAAACCCAAAUGAGAAAAUUCUAUUCUAUUAUUUUCAUGGUCAGGGACAUACAGGGUGAUCUAAAAGUAGCAGCAGAAGUAAAAGUUUCAUAAUAGAAGCAUAGACUUUAGCGAAAUGUGGUUUUCACAUAAAUGCACAGAAAAACAUGAGGCCAUCUUUUUAAUUACGAAAUAAUUUUUUAAGCAGUGUAGUUACAUUUGUUGCUAACAGGUGGCGCUUCAGUUCUGUCGGAGCUUCAGUUGGGCUGCAACUGCCGCACCUUGCGGCACGAAGCAACGCUGCUAAGGCUACUUUGUUUUCUAUAUAUGUUCUGUUUUCACAGCUUUCACUGUGGCUUUUUGUUAUGAUCUGUUUUCAUUGUGCAUGUUACGGAAACACCAAAAGGUUAAAUGUAGCAUUCUUAUUUGCAUGAUGGCAUUCUACAUGGACCAAAUAUUUCAAGGCUGUGCUGUAUGAUCUACACUGACUGUGAAGUCAGAUUUUGUAUAACAUGCGGAUAGCGCUCUUCCAAUGGGUCCUGAGCAGACUAAAAUUUUAAAAAAUUUCUGCCUGGUGUCUUUUUUCUUCUUUUUUAUGACAGCUGUGUAGGCCACCACCUGGCAAUGUCAUAGUUGAGCUGUGAUGCGGGAGCUUUAAAACGUGCCAUUCGUUCCCAUGGUCAUCAGCCUCUCUCCUAACUCCUGUUGUGCAUCAACAAAACCCGCCCUACGCUUCCAAAUUUUCAUAUCCCAUAACUUUGUCUCACCCCAACCGGCAACCUUUGACCAGCAGCUUAGCGCUAUCCUUAAAAAAAAAAAAAAAGGUGCAAUCAUUGAAUUCUACCUGCACUUAUAACAUAAGGGGCAGAAAUCUUGAAGGUUAACAAAGAAGCUUGAGAAAAAGUUAAGGACCGCCCAACAAGUGAUGGAACAAAAAAUUAUAGGCAGAACGUUGAGAGACAGGAUGACAGCGGGGUUGAUUAGAGAGUAAACGGGGGCAGCCAAUAUUCUAGUUGACAUUACGAGGAAGAAAUGGAGCUGGGCGGGCCAUGUAAUGUAACUGGUAGAUCGACCAUUGUAGUCACAGAAUGGAUACCAAGAGAAGGGAAGCGUAGUCGAGGACGGCAGAAAACUAGGUGGGGUGGAUGAAGUUACGAAAUUAGCAGGCACAAGUUGGAAUCAGCUAGCGCAAGACAGGGGCAAUUGUAGAUCGCAGGGAGAGGUCUUUGUCCUGCAGUGGACAUAAAUUGGAUGAUGAUGAUGAACUGCGUCUAAGACUCCGCUACCUUUUACUGCAUCUCUCUUCUGUUACUCUCUUAAGCUACCAGUUAUAUGUUCUACGGUGAGCUGUGUUUUAGUUAUAUAACAACAAACCACAUUAAAAGAAGAUGCGUGUUCCGCUUGUGCCGCUGCAUUGUUUUCAGUCAGGUUUUGCAACAACGCAUUUAUUGGACUCCGUAGUUCAAUGCUGGCCAUUUUGAAUGCCUGCUUUCUUUGGAAAGCAAUUAAAAUGCAUUGUACAUUCACUUCAAAAUUGUGGAAGCUAGCUGCUGCUAAGAUGACUGGUAUUGCUGCCUCGUGGCAAAUAAAAGUCCUGAUGAACUGGCCAAGCAGUUAUGCCAAGUGUUUCAUUUAACAGGGACAAGGCAGGGUCAACAGGUAGCCUCAUGAAAUUGGAGUAAAAGGAGCUGCGAGCACUAAGUCUCUUCUCAAUUUGAUAGGACAAAAGUGCAGGUCAGUGGGCACAGUGCAGGACCUGCUCAAUUUCUCUUCCUCUUAAUCUCAACUAGAAUAGUUUUAUGUCUUCUGUACAAAACUUGGUGCGAGCUAGCACACGGGGCAUUGCGGGUUGAAAUGAUGGCUUGGCACAUGGAGAAAGCAAAGAGAAGAAAAAGGAGUGCGGAUGUGAUAUGGAACACCAGUGCAUUCAUUAUCAGCUAGAAUAUAUAGGAGAUCGGCAAACAUGGUGAGAAGGAUAAGUUGUGAUCAUGGAGUGAUGAAAAGAAAGUGGGGGACUACUCUCAUGGGGUGAAUGUCAGGGAGUUCAUUUCUUUCCAGGCUCAUCGCUCGCUUCUUAACUGCAUGUGGUCCAGGCCUCUUAAGAGGCUACCCUUCAAGGUCUAGUACUUCAAUGGUGCACGAUUCACCAUGAGAGAAAGCACAGAGGGUUUGUACAUUUGAUAGACUAGUUGACCUUUGCCUCUAGUUAGACAAGCUCAGCUCCAAGGCAACCGACAGACGCCUAUUGCAUUUCUUGUUGUUGUGAUGUGUACGAGAUGCAGAAGGUGCAUUGAAGCACCGCAUUUUUUUAGACACUGCUUAAAGCUCUUGAGCUGUACGUGCAACACUACUGCCCUUUUUGGUAUGAUGUCUCGAGCAGCUUCCUUGCUGACCUGCAUUGAUUGUUUCCACAUAAUUUGACAGGUGGCUACCACUGCCUGCAGUGUCAUGCUGUGUCACUUUGCAUUCACGACUGGGUCUUCAUGAGCAGAGCACAUUCUAAACACUGAAGUCACAGGCUUCUAUUUGACUGCAUAUUUUCGCUUGCCUUGCUGGGCAGCAUAUGUAGUGUCCAGUAGGGUAAUGCAGCAUCGGCUGGAGGAGUCAAGAAAUGACAGCUAAUUAAGAAAGGUUUGGUGCCUGAUUGUAAGCGCUUCUUUUACUUGCUACUGAUGGCUGAAUUGAACAUCAUUUUAAAUGUUAGCAUUUACAUUCUAUUUGGAGCAUACAUAAUUAUUCAGAAGAGGAUGUAUUGUGUACACUUAUUAUAUAUCUCAAGGGGUUAAUUCAGAUAGAGCUUUGUCUAGGUAGUAUUCUGUUUUUGUCUUUCUUUCUGUGAUGUUCCUGUUGUGAGUUAUACAUGGAGAGAAUAAAGACUGUUGUUGCGUUAGAAAUUUUAUGAACACAUACCCCGUUAUACAGUGCAUAUAUAAAUACAUACAUACAUAUAUAUACAUACGUAUACAACACAUUCUAUAUACUUGUAUGCAGUCCUUCUUUUUGAAUUCCUUGGUAAAGGGGCACAUGUAAGUGUUGCAGUCACUGAUGUUACUUGCCUAACCUACAUGGCCGGCGCUCUAUGUACACGAAUGUGUGAUAUUUUCUGUGGCAACUGUAUAUUUUUCAAAGUCAUAUAUCUGCGAGAGAUUGAGAUUAAUAUGUAUACCCAUGUUGAAAUUUAGUAUAAUAAAGUGUUUAACUGGGUACUCGUUUGUCGUUUAUCGCUUCGUGCCUGGUGACAUGCGUUUAUUUCUAUAAAAA